GCUGUGAAAUUGCGUCCCGCUGGCAACAUUGGGAAAAUGUUUCUCCCGCAUAACUUGGAUGCUAAAAUGUGUGCUUGAACGUUCGUUGACAGGUUGUACCAUCGAUCUCGACUUUAGUACAGAUCAGUAAAUUGUACAGGCUGUGGUACAGGUCACUUCGCUAAAGUUAGUGCUCAUAAAUCAAAUUGCAGUUUCAGAAAACUGCAUCGUAACCUGAAUAUGUGAGUCCCUAUUUCUCCAGCUCCUCCUUCUGCCUCGUCUUCAAGUGAGGUGUUUACCGUUACUAUCAAGUCUACGAAUUCCGGAGGUGAUGGCCUCCUUCCGUCAGGUGAACGAACGGCAUGUGUCGGCUGAAGUAGAGCUGAUGCUGUGGUCACCACGGCUUGACCUGAUUGCUCUCGCACUGAAACAGGGUGAUGUGGCACUGCACCGACUCUCAUGGAAGCGUGUCUGGCUGCGCACGCCCCCUGGUGGCAAGGAGCAUGAUGUCGCUGUCCUUAGUCUGGCUUGGAGGCCCGACGGCAAGAUACUUGCGAUUGGCUAUAGCACUGGGACGAUCAUUCUCUGCAAUGUGGAGAAUUCAGACAUAGUACACACCCUAACUCUGUCUUGUGGGGUUACGUGUCUCUGCUGGUCCAGUGAUGGUACCACAGCAGAAGAUACCGAACUGCAAUCGCGCAUACUAUACCGUGACUUCUCUUCUGCGUACUUGCCAAAGCUGCCGAGCCUCAACAAGAGCUACGGCUGCACCUCGUCAGCCAAAUCUGUCGAAGAGAAUGUGGAUGACUGCAAGAUGCUCAAGGAACAGGAGGACUUCAACAUCCUCGUUGUAGGUUUAGCCAAUGGGAGUGUUUCUCUGUACGCCUAUGGUGUGCUACUCUGCCUUGACUUUGAAGUGACACUUGCAGACUGCACUGGUGAGCAUACAAAGAGGGUGAUCUCUGCAUGGCUGUCACACCAUUUCAGCAAGUUAACUGUAGUAGUUGAAAGUGAAAGAGAUGGCGCUGGCAGGUGUAUGUACCUUCACGUGUACAACGUUCCGCAACUGCGGGAGAAACGUGGAGAACUUCGCAUGGUGGCCCUCAAGUAUGGCCAAAUAGCUUCACUGGCAACUUACCUAACAAGCACUAUGAGCUCCAUUAAGGAAGCCUGGGAGGACAUUCUCCUCGAAGUGGACUCCAAGCUUGCUAACUAUGCUCAGGAAAAGCGACGUACAUCCAGCGGCACAGUCAGCGACGAUUUUCUUGAACUGCUCAUGUUUGGUACACCGUCAGACGCGCUUGAAAAGUUCCUGGUGCAUGACCUCACAGAGAAGGGCCUCAAGAAACUGGGCCACUCUAUUGAGCUCUGCUACUCCAAUGUGCAGAAGUAUGUGCUUAAGCAGCUGCAGGGCGUCACACAGGCCGUCUACUUUCAUCUGGCUGACCUUCAGGGCAUGGCACUGUGGGAGGACAGGUUUGGAGCCCUGGGAUUGCGUAGCGCAGCUGUCACGAAUGCCCUCGGAUGCACAGGUUCCUUUCUCCUAAAGCUUGCGGAGUUGCUGCAGGUAAUCGAAGUGAGCAUCCGCAACUUUAAGGCUUUCUUCCGCUGGCUGUAUGUGGUCAUUUUGCGGCUCUCGGAUGAUUCUGUGCCUCCUGAGGUGACCCGCAUAUCGCAACAAGAGAUUGUGUUUGUCGCGGAGUUUCUAAAGGAAAACUUUGCAGUCGAGUGGAGUGAGGAGAAUCGGUUGUCUUUCAGCCUGGAGAGAGUUGGGCAGUACCUCAAGGAUGAGCCAUUGGUUUUUCCACUGCCAGCGCACCUGAAUGCCUGGCUGAAGUUUCUGGAACAGAACCCAGCUGUGCUGAACUUGGCCACCCCCCACCAUUGCAAGAGCUCACUUGUUCAGGAGCACAAACAGCUUGAGCAGGCAGCCGCAGAUGCAUUUGUGGGUCUCACGGAUGCCCUCAGACCAUCCGUUUCAAUGGAAGCGCAGGUCGUGCUUGCUACUAUGACGCACCCCGAAAGGCUCUCUGUGCUGUCGCAUGUGACUUCAAGCAAGGAUGACUGUAUCUACACCUCGUUUGUGCCAUGCCGCACGACGAGACAGGACCUCUACUUGGUCAAGCAUGUGACAGCAACGGGAGAGUUUUUUGUGGCCCGCCUCUACUUUGAGAAAUUUCGACACAUAGCAGAUGGGAGUGAUGCAAAGUGCUAUGUUGUUCUUGAUGCUCAAUUCUACAAUGAAGAUGUUUUGUCAGUUUUGAUGUGCAAGGAGGGAGAACACACAGACUCCAAUGUUCCUUUGCUUGUUCAGCUGGGCUUGAAGCACAUACAGAACUACUUUAAGCCUUUGCAAAGAUGUGUACCCCAUCAUGUGAUACUCGUAGAGAUGGGCAUUCAGCCCACUGAUGCUGCGAACUGUCUAGAAAAGAUGGACUUUAGGCGACUCGAGAAAAUGCGCGCUGCCUCAUUCGCUGUGAGUGGUGCGCGGAAUGUCGUGUGUGUGCUGUUUCAUUCCCGUAGGCGAGUACGAACAUUUGAGAUGGAUGUAGAGGAGGAAGACGAUGAAACUGGUGAUGAAGAUGAAGAGGACAAAGAUGCAAAAUUUACUGCUGAGAAAGACAUCACAGACUUUCAGGAUGAUGAUAAAGAGAAUAGUUUCUGAAGUGAAGCCUUGUGUGAAUCACUUAACGCUUGCCAGAACUUUGUUGGAUGGUACGCUUACAUUCUUAGUAUGUACAGCAUUCUCCCUCUACUACAGAGCUGUUCACGUGAUUGUGACGCAGUUGAAGCUUUAUUAUGAAUCAUGUGUCGUGAUUUCAUUGUUUUAUAUAAAAUGGCACUGUCUCAAAACUGAUGCUUCGAAGCUUCACUAGCAUUCACCUAAGUUUUGCGAAACAGUGAGUGCCCAUACCACGUCACUCCAAGUUGUAUUCAAACAUGGCAUGCAUGGCAUUGGCAUCACAAAAAGCAAUUAAUUUAUUUAUGUUAGAAAAAAUUCUCGUCAUAUAAUCAGAAGUUUGCAAAUCUGCUGACCAAAAAUAGCCCCAUGCUUUCAGUAUGCAUUCCAGUAUGAGACGCUAACCCAUUUUCUGUCACGUUACUCUGGAAGAGUGGCUGGUGCAUUGGUGGCAGACCUUCACUUUUAAAGUGUGCAGAGGAGAGGUAGGCAGAUGUCUUUGCUCGUUCUCUCUCACCCUCAACUUAAUCUUUUCUGUGUACUCAGUUAAAUUUACUAGCCUCCCCUUGCCCUUGCAACAGCUUUCUUCAGUCUUCUUUCAAGAUAAUGACAUGUACGACCACUCACCCUUUUGGGCUGUUCUAAUGCUCCGGUAAAUUUUUCUAGUUAAUCUUUAGCAUUGCUUUCAAAUGUUGAAGAUGGCAGGUGAUGCAGACAUAGUGUAAAUUAUACCUAAUUUGAGUUAGCUUUUGAACAGUUGAGUACAAAAAUUCUGACUGUGUACAGAGUUGUAUACAGUAGACUUGUUAAUUCGACUGCAGCUAAUUAGAUUUUUCAGGUAAUUCAAUCCCAACCGAAGGUCCUGGGUCCUGGCCAGUGCUCAUGACACCAAACUUUAGUUAUUUCAAUCCUGAAUUUAGCUUUCACUGCAUAAUUUGGAACAUGGUUGGUCAUCACGGUGGUCACCAAUGGUGACCGCAUGCCUGUGAUGACUGCAGUGAUGACUCCAAUAAAAGUAGAGUCUGUCUCAGCGUCACUUAAGCUGCAGUGCAUGCAUCGAAUGCACAUCACCCCCCAGUAAAAAUGCUUAUUUCUGGCCUGCCCUAGGAACAUUUGAGAGAAAAAACAGCAGCUCAAAAUGAACUACAGUAUUUACCCAAUUCUAGCACACACUUUUUUUUUUCUAAGAAAAUUCGUCUCGGAAUUGCAUGGGCUGUGCUAUCGAAACCAAAACUGCGUUCGCAACAUUGUACCAUCAAAGCCAUUGCCAUCACAAGAUGGUGAUCAUAGAUGGCGACAGAACAAAUUCGUGCAUAGUCGCAUAGGAUGACACGAUGUGCCACUUUCCGUCUGGUUACGAAAGCAUAUUCAACCAAUUAGUUAUUUUAUGUUGUCCAGCACCAACAAGUCAUGUCACGUGUUCUUUGUGUUUCAUGCAUGUCAGGACCAGGGUAUCAUACCAGGAAUGAACUGAAAACCGAAAAAAACUGAAUUUUUGCUUGAAUCAGAAUUGAACCAAAAUGUAAAAAAUUUUUUCACCCCAAAUUUCGGCUGAAAUUAAAAAAUAAUGGUUUUAGUUCAGGCUGGCCACAUAUUCUGGAGCUUUUCAACCACGCAUUGCCUGCAUUGGUGGCUCAACUGUGCUACCUCAUUUGUAAAUAUGCACCAUCUUCCUCCGAUUUUAGAAGUAGCAGCACCAUUAUUACAGUUUUCAACGUAUCCAAUUGGGGGGUAGACAUGUUAGUAUUACACGUGAGCAUGUGAUAGAGGUGAUCAUCAAAUAUAUUUACUUUAGUUGCAGGCCUACAUAUGAAUGAUGAAAUAAAGAAGAGCUUCCCAAGUCGUGGCUUUCAGUCGCACAUGUUGAAGUAGGUGCAACACAAAUGACAUAUUGCUUUUUACAUGUGCUUCUGCAACAUUAUUUUGAAAUUGAAACUUUCUUUGCCUACUAUGACGGGUUGUUGCAGAUGUUUUACUAUUAUAAUAAACGGGUAUGACCUUC